CCCAUCUCAAUGAUCAAACCAAACAUAUCAAAAAUCAGUGUUCGAUAUUGGCAUUGAGGAAGAAGAAGUAGGUGGUGGUGGUGGUGGAUGUUAAUAAUCAUGGCUGCUCCUUUGCCCUUCUUCACUUUUACAGCCACUCUGCUGAUCGUCGGCUCUUUCGCUUUUACCACGUUAAAGGUGGACGAACCACUCCAGUUCACAUAUUCGGGAGCCACAGGCCCGGACAGGUGGGCGAGCCUGAACCCCAACUUCUCCCUCUGUGCAAACGGGAAAUCUCAGUCACCAAUCAAUAUCGUCACGAACCAAGUUGUCCUGAACAAGAACUUGCAGCCCCUCAUCAGACAAUACCAUGCUGUAAACGUUACUCUGGUCAACAAUAAGUUCACUGUCGCGAUAGAGUAUCCUGAUCAUACGGGAGGGAUAACUGUAGAUGAGAAGCAGUAUGUACUGAAGCAAAUGCACUGGCAUUCUCCUUCUGAGCAUAGAAUUGAUGGAAAACGAUAUGCUGCGGAGCUUCACAUGGUGCACGUUGCUGAUGACGGCAAGGUUUUAGUAGUUGCGACCCUUUUCAAAUACGGACACACCGAUCCAGUUCUUGGAAAGAUAGAGAACAAGUUGAAUGAACUGGGGUCUGAGGUUGUCAAGAGGCAGGAAGCAGGUCCGAUCGCAGUCGGGCCAUUUCACCCGACAGAAUUGAGGCAAACUCCGAGCAAGUAUUACAGAUACGUAGGCUCUUUCAGUGCCCCUCCUUGCACUGAGAAUGUCAUUUACCUCGUUCUUGCAAAGGUGAGAUCUAUAUCUAGGGAGCAAGUGGAGGCUCUCAAGGCUCCUUUGGACAUGAGAUGCAAGAACAAUGCCAGGCCUUGUCAGCCAAUCAACGGGCGACACGUGGAGGUAUAUGAAGGGAAUUGAUGUAUACAAAUAUGUGUAUAUGAUGUGUAAUUUCAUCUCUUUUAUGAUCUUAUUGUAUUGAAAAAUCGUGAAGGUCUUUUAGAGUGAAAAUUGUCAUAUGCAAACCUCAA